CAUGUAUCUCUGGCUCGAUUGGAACCUGCUGAGGGCACGAUCCCUGCCGUUCUUGCGAACUGCUCUUCUCUCCUCCAUCUUAGCCUCCAGGGCAAUAAUCUCCAGGGCAUUGUGCCGAGCGCCGUUGCUGAGAUCCCGACGCUUGAGGUUCUGUCGCUGGCUCACAACCAGCUCUCGCGGUUUAGUACCGGCUCGGUGUUUUAUACGGCCGCCAAUGCCUCUUCUCUGAGGAUUGUGCCUGGUUUUAACGCGUUUAGCGCGUUUUCGCCUCCCGAGAGGGCGGCGGCGGAGGAGGCUUCGAGGCUGCCUGCAGGUGGGGUGGACGUGAAGGAGAAUAGGAUUGACGGGCCCUUCCCAGGGUGGUUGACGGGCUUUCCCUCGAUGAUGAUCUUGGAUUUGUCGGGGAAUUUGAUUGCUGGGUCUUUGCCGGCGGAGAUUGGGAGGCUCUCGGCGCUGCGGGAGCUGAGGAUUGGGAGGAACCUGGUGAACGGGUCGAUUCCGGCCGAGAUUGGGAGAUGCGUGUCCUUGCGCGUGGUUGAUUUUGAAAUGAAUAGGUUUUCUGGCGAGAUCCCAUCAGUUUUUGGCGGGAUUUUGAGGUUAGAGACCUGUAUCUCGGCGGGAGGGAACGAAUUCUCCGGGCCGAUUCCGGCGAGUUUGGGUAAGCUAUACAAUUUGCAGUCUCUAUCAGUCGAGGGGAAUCGUUUGACAGGUGAGAUCCCGGCGGAGAUGCUGCAGCUGGGAAAUCUGACGGUGUUGAAUCUCGCUGAUAACGGAAUCUCCGGUGAGAUUCCGACGGGCAUCGGGAAUCUCGUGAAGUUGCAGACUUUGAAUUUGAGUGGAAAUGGGUUUUCCGGCCGCAUUCCAGCCAGCACUGGGAAGUUGUCGAAUUUGGAAGUGUUGGAUCUCGGCGGUCAGAAGAACCUCUCCGGCGAUAUCCCGGUCGAGAUCUUCAACUUGCCGAAUCUUCAGGUGGUCUCUCUUGCUGACAACUCAUUUUCAGGUCAAGUUCCUGAAGGGUUCACUAGUUUAUGGAGCUUGCAGUAUCUGAAUCUCUCAGCUAAUGCGUUCUCUGGUUCGAUUCCGGCAACUUACGGGUACCUUGAAUCCCUUCGAGUUUUCUCUCUUUCUACCAACAAUCUGUCCGGUUCGAUUCCACCAGAGCUUGGAAACUGCUCGAACUUGACUAUUAUUCAGCUCAGAUCGAAUCAAUUGUCCGGUACAAUUCCAGGUGAUCUCUCUAGGCUUUCAAACUUGGUUGAGCUUGAUCUUGGCUACAACAUUCUCUCUGCUGAAAUUCCACUGGAGAUCUCUGAAUGCUCGUCGCUGGUCACACUCCGAUUAGACCACAAUCAUCUCUCCGGUAACAUUCCCAACUCUUUGUCCAAUUUAUCAAAGUUGCAGACGAUGGAUCUUUCGACGAACAAUCUUACAGGCACAAUCCCUUCUAGUUUUGCUCGCAUCACCGGCUUAACAGACUUCAAUGUCUCCUAUAACAAUCUCCAAGGUCUGAUCCCUGGACCACUCGGAUCCCGGUUCAACGAUUCUUCGAUGUUUGUCGGAAACGAAGAUCUAUGCGGAGCGCCAUUGGACAAUUAUUGUCGAGGCGAGAAGAGAAAGAGGAAGAUUAGCACAAGACUGAUCCUGUUCAUCACUCUCGGCGCUGCUCUAGCUCUGAUCCUCGUCCUCCUCUGCUGCUGCUGUGCAUUCUGCUUGAUCCGCUGGCGGCGGAGAUUUCUAGACAGGCCGAGCAGGCAUCAAGAAGCACACCGCCGGCUCGAGGCAGCGGCUCGAGCACAACAAAGCAAUGGCGAUAACAGAGGCCCAAGGGCUGAUAAUGUUCAGCAACAAGAUCACCUUAUGGCCGAGACGCUUGAAGCCACGAGGCAGUUCGAUGAGGAGAAACGUCCUCAGCCGUGCCGCCAUGGCCUCGUAUUCAAAGCCUGCUAUAACGACGGUACUGUCCUCUCCAUCCUCCGCGCUCCCGUCCGCUCCGCUGAUGGAGCCGUUGUCGUUGAUGAGGCUUUCUUCCGAAAGGAAGCCGAGGGACUCGGCAAACUCAAGCACCGGAAUCUCACCGUCCUCCGAGGCUACUACGCAGGCCCACCACCCGACGUCCGAUUGUUGAUCUACGAUUACAUGCCAAACGGCAACCUCGGCACAUUGCUCCAAGAAGCCUCACACCAAGGCGGCCACAUUCUCAACUGGCCAAUGCGGCAUCUCAUCGCCCUCGGAGUAGCACGCGGCCUCGCGUUCUUGCACGCCCACAAUGUCAUCCACGGCGACGUCAAGCCGCAGAAUGUUCUGUUUGACGCAGACUUUGAGCCACACCUAUCUGAUUUUGGCCUCGAGAGCAUGGUGGUCACCGCGGGAGCAGCAGCCGAAGCGGCAUCAACAUCUUCGACGCCAGUCGGUUCGUUGGGUUAUGUUGCACCUGAUGCUGCAGCAGCUGGGCAAGCGACGAAAGAAGGGGGUGUGUUGCUCGAGCUAUUGACGGGGAGGAGGCCGGGGAUGUUUGCCGGAGAGGAGGAGGAUAUCGUGAAAUGGGUGAAGAGGCAGCUGCAGAGAGGCCAAAUUUCUGAACUGCUUGAACCUGGAUUGCUGGAAUUGGACCCGGAAUCGUCAGAGUGGGAGGAAUUCCUCCUCGGCGUUAAGGUCGGGCUCCUCUGCACCGCACCCGACCCGUUAGAUCGACCGCCUAUGUCCGACAUCGAGUUCAUGCUCGACCGGUGCCGGGUCGGGCCGGAAUUGCCAUCAUCGGCCGAGCCCACAUCUCAGCCCUCACCAGCUUAGUGCCACGUAGGAUUUGAUUCCAAACACUUUUUCCCGGGUUUUUUGUUUGAUUUUUAAAUUUUAAUUUUAAAUUUUUUUGCUUUUUCGCGCAUUGAUGACCAGUCAACUUGACCCAGGACCCGAGGGUGGGCCCAGCUACUAAUAAGUAGCAGGCAGCCCGCCAAAAAGAAGGGAAUAAAAAUUGAGAAGUAGCCGUUGGGGUGUUUCUGUCUUUUUCCAAAUCCAUCUUUUUUCGACUGAUAAUCCUGACCGAAGAUUAAAGAUCCUACAACGCUGGUUUCAGGGAUGGAUGGCCCAUGCCUUUUGGGCUUUUUUAGCCCACGAGGGGGCCGGAAUGAGGGAAGUGAAGGAGCCACAUGCUGUAGUGCUAUUGGGAUGUGGGACAAAAGAGAGUAGUAGUGAGUGAAGGGAGUGGGGUACUGCUGACUCUAGUCAGCUCACGGGGUCCAAGUUCAAGAGCCUGGUUGCUUUUGUUGCUUUCUGUAUUCCUCUGCUCCUCGCUUUUUUUUUCUCAAGAAAUAGGAAAAAAGAGCUUUUUUA